AUGGCAAGUAAAUACAUCUUUAUAAAUGAAAUAGAUCUUUUAGAAACUCAGAAGAGGACAUCGACAAUGCUGAAGUUAAUUGCUGCUCUAGUUUUAGUGGGAGUUGUGUCAGGGACAUGUCCCGAUACAUUCACGCCAUGGGAAGGCAACUGUUACAGAGCAGUAGCUGCAGAUGCUGAAUGGGAUGAAGGUGAAGGAUACUGCUUUUUGUAUGGUGGACAUUUGACGUCACUUCACUCAAUUGAAGAAGAACGAUUUGCUAAACAAUUGGCUGGACCCAAUGAAUUCUGGAUAGGCUUGUCAACAUCGGAUAAUUCUGGUUGGCGUUGGAGUGACGGAACUCCAAUGGACUAUCAAAACUGGGGAGAUGACCAGCCUAGUGAUGGUAUGUUCAUGUAUGAUGAAGACUGUGUUACAACUAAUGACGAUAGUCGCAGAAUCGACUACCAAUGGAAUGACGUUAACUGCAACAGGGAAAGACACUUUGUCUGCAAGGCACCACUGAUUGCAUAA